AUGAGGGCCGGCCAGGUACAGGAGUCAUCCGGUCCUCUGAGCCUAAAGAGUAAACAUUGGAGGGCUGCUGGAGCAGGACAAGAACCCGAGGGAGCAGCGCUGAAGGUUAAACAUGUAUCCAAAGACUUACAAAUCAUCUCCACCAAACACAAGACCCAUACGUACGGCGCGGUGAGCCCCUACGGCUGGCCGCAGAACUUUUCACAAGCUCCAGACCAGUAUCUGUACGGCACUCCGCCCAAAUCCAAGCCUCCUGCCAAAACCUCCACAAAGGCCAAGAAGAUCCUGGGCUGGGGGGAUUUCUACUUCAACGUGAAAACGGUGAAGUUCAGCCUACUGGUGACUGGCAAAAUCGUGGACCACAUCAAUGGGACGUUCAGCGUCUACUUCCGGCACAACUCCUCCCGCCUGGGGAACAUAUCCGUCAGCAUCGUCCCGCCAUCCAAAGCGGUGGGAUGGGAGGUUCUCGAUGGCGCGGCCGACAGCAGCGCCCCCAAUAAAAACUCUGUCCUGUUCCCAGAUCUGAGCCCCCCGUCGUCCACCAGCUCCGCUCCUUCUGAGCAUCAGAAAUAUCAGCGGGACGUGAUGAUGGUGACCGAGCUCAACUGCCGCAUCGAGUACCAGCGAACCAACCGGUCCAAGAAGACCAAGCCGUGCAUGUACGACCCAGGGCAGACCUGCUACUCAGAAAACACGCAGUCCCAGGCGGCGUGGAUCUGCGCCAAGCCCUUCAAGGUUAUAUGCAUCUUCAUCGCCUUCACCGGCACGGACUACAGGCUGGUGCAGAAGGUCUGUCCGGAUCACAACUUUCAGGCAGAGCAGAACCAGCAGCAUCUCGGAUGAGCAGAGACUCUGCAGCUGGAA